AUCUACUAAGGUCAGUCCCUGAUGGCAAAGCAGAGAAAAUGAGAAGUGGAAUCGCCUCUCUCUCAUCAUCUCUUCAACCUGGAAAUCUCCUUCGCUCAUCCAUCUAUCGCCCAAAACCUCUCUUUUCCCAUUUUGCCCUUCCCAUCAGUAUAAAAAGCCCUAGCCUCCUCAACCUCGUAGCAAAAUCCCCUUUCUCUGUAACUGCCAUGGCUGCUGCUGCUCCUUCCAAGGCCGAGCUAGCUAGGGUUCCUCCUGCCAUUCAAUUGCCGCCACCUCCAAUCUCCAAGUUCAAGAUUGCUCUCUGCCAGUUGUCUGUAACUGCAGACAAGGAGAGAAACAUUGCUCAUGCUCGCAAAGCCAUUGAAGAAGCGGCUGAAAAGGGUGCUCAAUUGGUUGUCUUGCCUGAAAUAUGGAAUAGUCCAUAUUCAAAUGACAGCUUUCCUGUGUAUGCUGAGGAUAUCGAUGCUGGUGGUGAUGCAUCUCCCUCAUCUUCUAUGUUGUCUGAAGUUGCUUGCAGCAGGCGGAUCACGAUAGUUGGUGGCUCCAUACCAGAACGUUCAGGUGAUCGGCUGUACAAUACAUGUUGCGUAUUUGGUACAGAUGGAAAGCUGAAGGCUAAACAUAGAAAGAUACAUCUUUUUGACAUUGAUAUUCCGGGGAAGAUUACUUUCAUCGAAUCAAAGACUCUCACAGCAGGGGAGAAUCCUACCAUUGUUGACACAGAGGUGGGGCGUAUUGGUAUAGGCAUUUGUUAUGAUAUCCGGUUCCAAGAACUAGCAAUGUUGUAUGGAGCAAGAGGUGCUCAUUUGAUAUGCUAUCCUGGUGCAUUUAACAUGACGACUGGUCCCUUGCAUUGGGAAUUACUGCAAAGGGCAAGGGCUGCAGAUAAUCAGUUAUAUGUGGCAACAUGUUCACCUGCUCGAGACACCAGCGCUGGUUACACUGCUUGGGGUCACUCUACUCUUGUAGGACCAUUCGGAGAAGUACUUGCAACAACAGAACAUGAUGAGGCGAUAGUCAUAGCGGAGAUUGAUUAUUCACUACUCGAAGUUAGAAGAACAAACCUUCCACUGGGAAAGCAAAGGCGAGGGGAUCUUUACCAAUUGGUCGAUGUCCAGAGGCUUUCUUCUCAUUAGUGACCCAUGUAGGAAACUUCUUCGCGAUAGCAUACGUGCCAAGAAUGCCACAUGCACGUGCGGAAACUUUUGAGGAACGCCUUCUUGCACCCUACUUGAUGCCAUUUGAAGGUCCAUUCUAUCCUAUGCUUAGAACACUUGAUGGCCCACUUUGGAAAAUCACUAAACACAAGAUGAAGUUACUAUGUUAAACCCAAUCUUGUAGGAGGUCCCAUGUAUAGGAGAAAAUCUAUACAUUUGGAGAUCAUGUUCAAAGCCCUGUGCAUGUCUAAGUACCCCAAGUUAAGACUAGAGAUGGCAAAACCCUAUAAUAUAGCAAUACUCUGUAUUGCGUAGGAGACUCGGGGACUUCAGAAAAGUCCUAUGAACACUGGAGUUCCAACAGAAACAACAGUCUACAUUUCCAUGCAUGGACAAUGUAAGGCCUCAAACUUUGUAGGCUGUCUCUACGGUGGGACCAGCCAGAUGGAUGGUCAUCCCUGUUUGCUGGGCCAUGAGGGUAAGCCCCCCAAGCAAGCCUCUUUUCUAGUAACCCUUGAAAGAUGAAGCAUCUCUCUACUUGAAGAGUACCUCAUCAGCUCUCAACUCCC